AUGGAUGCAAAAGUGUUAUGUUUCUUCGUUUUAAUUUCUCAAGCGGCGGCCCUGCUGACGUCACCGCCUCGGAUAGUCAAGCAACCGACGGUGGAAGAACUGCUGUUCCAAGUGGCACAACCAGGAGAAGUUGACAAACCCUUCAUAAUAGAAUGUGAAGCUGAAGGAGAGCCGGCGCCUAAGUACAGAUGGAUUAAAAACGGAAAGUCAUUCGAAUAUACGAGUUACGACAAUCGAAUCUCACAGCAACCUGGCCGUGGUACUCUGGUGGUAAGCAGACCAAGAGAUGAAGACCUCGGGCAGUAUCAAUGUUUUGCAUACAACGAGUGGGGAACGGCUACAUCGAACUCCGUAUUUGUACGGAAAGCCGAGCUCAAUUCUUUCAAAGAUACAGAUGGGCCGCAAACGAUGAUCACAGCCCAAGAGGGGUUGCCCUUUAAACUGACCUGUAACCCUCCCGAUGGUCACCCCAGCCCAAACGUAUACUGGAUGUUGCAAGGUGAACAAGGUCAACUCAAAACCAUAAACAACUCCAGAAUGACUCUAGAUCCAGAGGGCAAUCUCUGGUUCUCCAACGUCACGCGAUACGAUGCUAGCGUCGAUUACGCGUAUACCUGCGCAGCUAAAUCUGUCUUCAGAAACGAGUACAAACUAGGUAAUAAAGUAUAUCUUCAAGUGCAGCAGACGGGAAUAUCACCUACCCAGAACAAGCACGAACCAGUCAGACAGUACACUACCAGGAGAGUAGAAAAGGCAUGGCGAGGCAAAAAAGUUGAACUCUACUGUAUUUAUGGCGGAACGCCAUUGCCCCAAGUGGUAUGGAAGAAAGAUGGUCGAACAAUACUAUCGUCACAGCGAAUAACGCAAGAUAACUAUGGCAAGACAUUAGUGAUAAAACGUGCUGGGUAUGAAGACCAAGGAACCUUCACGUGUGAAAUUAGCAACGGAGUUGGUCAAGCGCAGUCUUACUCUAUACAGCUUAAUGUUGAAGCCGCGCCAUUCUUCAUCGAGGAACCGCAGUUCCAAAACCUGGCUGAAGGUGAGACAGCAAUCAUCCACUGUAAGGCAGGCGGUACCCCAGAGCCCUCAAUCACCUGGGUCCACAACGGAAAGCCUAUAGAGCAGGCGGAGACCAACUCCAGACGUCAAGUGGCAUCAAAUUCGAUUCUCAUCACGGACUUGGUGAAGAAAGACACAGGCAACUAUGGUUGUAACGCCACUAACUCGAACGGCUACGUGUACAAGGAUGUAUACAUUAAUGUUCAAUCCAUACCACCGGAGAUCAAGGAAGGCCCAGAGAACUUGACCAAAGUAGAUGGUUCAGAAGCGGUGCUGAAGUGCCGUGUGUUUGGAGCUCCCAAACCCAUUGUCAGAUGGAUGAGAGAUGACGUCGAUGUUACUGGUGGAAAAUACAACAUAACAGCGGAAGGUGAUUUGGUAAUCGCUGACGUGUCGUACACAGAUGUUGGCACCUACCAAUGUUAUGCUAAGAACAAGUUUGGCGAAAAAUCUGCUUUUGGUUCCUUAUCUGUCAAGAAGCACACAGUGAUAACGGACAAACCUGAGCCGUAUGAAGUUGCAGCGGGAGCUUCAGCUACAUUCAGGUGUAAUGCCAAUGCGGACGAUUCCCUCAAAUUAGAAAUUAUAUGGCUCAAUGAUGGACAGCCAAUUGACUUUGACAACCAGCCGCGGUUUAGAAUGACAAAUGACUAUUCGCUACUAAUAUCCGACACUACGGAGCUCGAUUCCGGCGAAUAUACAUGUAUUGCGAGAACAGCUAUAGAUGAAGCGAGGGCUCAGGCUACUUUAACUGUUCAAGACAAACCCAAUCCACCAUCAUUGGAAGGCAUCGAAUGUCACGAGAAAGUCGCAACGAUACGCUGGCAUUCAAUGGGUGACAAUCGGGCCCCUAUUCUCCGUUACUCGAUACAAUAUAACACCUCCUUUACACCCGAUACAUGGCUUUCGGCGUCCGAAUCUGUUCCCGGGUUAGAUACGUCCUGGACUGCGGAAUUGAGUCCUUGGGCGAACUAUACGUUCCGAGUCAUAGCUUCGAAUAAGAUUGGACCGUCUACGCCGUCGAAACACUCGGAUGCCUGUACCACACAGCCGGAUGUACCGUAUAAGAACCCGGAUAAUGUUGAGGGUAAAGGACGCGAUCCUACUAAUAUGGUCAUAUCUUGGUCGAAAAUGCCUCAAAUCGAGCACAACGGUCCCGGUUUCUACUACCAAGUGUCAUGGCGACGUAACAUCAGUGGAACGCCUUGGAGCGAACAGCAAAUACGCGAUUGGACUCAGUCGGAGUAUAUUGUACUUAACACGCCAACAUUCCAGCCUUAUAAAAUUAAGGUGAUAGCUGUAAACUCAAAGGGAACAUCAAACGUGGCUCCGGUGGAAGUAAUCGGCUGGUCUGGUGAGGACACGCCCCUACAAUCUCCCGCUAACUUCUCUCUAGUGCAGGUCACUACUGGAACUACUGCAUUGUUAAGCUGGAACCCAGUAUCAGCUGAAACUCUCCGCGGACACUUCAAGGGGUACAAGAUUCAGACUUGGGUUGACGGCGAAGAAGACAGGUUAAAGGAAGUGCUCGUGAAGUCCGAUGCGUCCAGUGCUCUUGUAUCCGUGUUCAAACCGUUCAAGAAAAACAACGCACGAAUUCUCGUCUACAAUGGACGCUUCAAUGGACCGCCUAGCGAAAUCCUCUCCUUCGUUACCCCAGAGGGAAAACCAGGAACAGUCAAGUCCUUUGAAGCCUACCCCAUCGGGUCCUCAGCCAUGCUCCUCAAGUGGGACAAACCCAUGGAUGAAAAUGGAAUUUUAACCGGCUACAAAAUUUACUACCAGAAAGUCACCGGCACAUCCCUAGGACCGCUUCAAGAGAGGAAGAAGGAAAUCGACCCUAAACUGGAUCGUGCCAAACUGGCUGGUCUAGAACCCAACACUAAGUACCGUAUUGAAAUACGGGCUAAGACCAAGGCUGGGGAAGGAGACAAAUAUUAUGUGGAACAGACCACCAAAGCGAUGGUGAAUGCCGUUCCGGAUAUACCCUUGUUUGAAGCGAGUACCCUCCCAGCAAAAGAGGGGUCUGCUCAUAUACUGGUUCGUUGGUUACCUUCCUUAGACGGUCACGCCGGAAGCCACUUUAUAGCAUGGUACAGGCUGAAGGGUCAUCCUAACUGGUUGAGGAGUAAUGAAAUAACGGAAGACGAUUAUGUUGUGCUAACUGGUCUUGAGCCCGGACAAGUGUAUGAGGUGAAAGUGACAGCUCAUGACGGAGAAUAUUUUAGUACCAGUGAAGUAAUGGAUGUUGAUACGACAACCGAUCCAGUAAUAAUGCGGGAAGAGGCGAUGGCCACAGCUGGAUGGUUCAUCGGGGUGAUGGUGGCGUUGGCUUUCUUAGUGCUCGUGCUGGUAGCGGUGUGCGUUGCGCGUCGUAACCGAGGUGGGAAGUACGACGUGCACGAUCGCGAACUCGCUCACGGACGGGCGGAUUAUCCGGACGCCGCUUUCCAUGAGUAUAAUCAUCCACUGGACAGCAAGUCCCGUCACUCUAUGAGUAGUGGUCCUAAGCCCGGUGUCGAAAGCGACACCGACUCGAUGGCCGAGUAUGGCGAGGGAGAAACGGGUCGUUUCACGGAGGACGGUUCGUUCAUCGGUCAGUACGUGCCUGGCGCACGAGUUCUGCCUCCACCGCCCGCGCCGCAAACAGCUCCAGCACAACAACCGCCCACUUACGUCUAA